GGCAGCACCAGCGGCACCAGCGAGCGGCUGAAUUGGCUGGUGCGCUCGCGUCCUCUGCUGCACUAAGCCUAGCAACGCGAGCCUUUUGCAUGAAGACAUCCACGACAGACACGACUUUGAAUGCAGAAUAGUAGGUGUAGCUGCCUCGUUCGGAGAAGCGGAACAUGGCGACCGACCGCAAUGCAACCUAAAGAUAGCCAACGACGGGGCUGCCGUUUCUUUUCAUACCACCGAUACACAUGUGGUGAAGCAGAGCAUCGUGGAUGACAUCAAGUCCUUGCAUGAAGAGCCUGGAGUGGACAUGAUGCUCCUGCGUGCUGCUCCUACUUGUGUGUACACGAUUGCUUUGAGAACACAGAUGCUUAUUAAUUCUAGGGUUUUGCUCUGACAUGGAUGGAAUACUUGAACGAUGCCGUGGGCAUAAAAAAGGGUGGUGGGAUGAUUGAGACAUGGAGCCCGGCUUGCUUCAUGCGUGGGCCCCAUCUUGUUCCUCGUACAUGGCAAACCUCACAAGGAUAAUAGUAGAUGUAAGUAGUUCCAUUAAAUACUCCUAGGACUUUCACUAACUACACUCUUUUAAGCUUCGAUGGUCAAUCUCGCGGAAGGAUCCAUCAUGGUCAUUCGUCGUCGAAACGGCGUGGCGCGCUGCUGUUGUUCCGACAACGUUUCCUCCAGCAUGCGCUUCAUGUGCUGCUUCUCGGCUCUGGCUUCGUCGGCGGCGAUAGCGCGCGACUUUCGAAUCGCCAGCGCCUCGACGCAGAACGCCGCGAUGUCCUGUACAUGGUACUCUGCCCGUUUCAGCAUGUCAAUGCGCUCCAAGUGGGUGAACUUGCGCACGCUGCCUCGACGACAAUGCGCCGACGUGCCUAGAUCGACGUGGGUGAUGUGUGUGUGCGAUGGUGCGAGGCCGAUGGGCGGGCCGGUGGUUUUUGGGAGCGCGCUGCCGCCAUACGCGACGUCGAAGAGGUAGGUCGUGGCCGUGGUGAACGUCACCGCCCGAGAGAGCGGUAGUGCCGACGGGCUGACGGGGUCAGUGGCUCCAGACAUGGCUGUGGCGGUGAUGGCUGUGGUGGUGGUCGCGGCUGGUUCCAUAUCGUUUCGGAC